GAAACUCAAGAUACGUGUACGUACGUUUUUCAAACGAAGUGAUCAGAGAGACAAAAUUAAAUAUUAUGCAGAUGUAAUAUUAUUAUUUAUUGAAUAAUGUAAGCCAUAUUACAGAUAUUUACCUCUUUUUGUACUAAAAACUACAGAAUUUGUAAGGAUGUCGCAUUCUUAUGGAAGAAACAGACUUCAAAACAAGAGACAGAAUGAAAGUGAUUCCUCUGAUGACGAAAACUAUGUCCCAUAUGUUCCAAUAAAACAAAGGAAAAAACAACAGAUACAGAAGAUAGAAAAGAAACUUGGUAGAACAGCACUGAUUAAAACUGAGGAAGAGAAAAAGGAAAGUACAAACGAUGAAGAAGAAAAUGAAGAAGAUCCACAAGUUUCUGUUGGACCUAAUGCCCAUAUAAGUCUUUUAGAUCAACAUAGUGAAUUGAAAAAAAAGGCGGAAGCUAGGAAAGAAACAGCCAGAGAAAAACUAUUAAAGGAAGAAGAAAAGAUUUUAGAAAGUGUGGCUGAGAAAAAAGCUUUAAUGGGUGUGGCUGAAUUAGCUAAAGGUAUACAGUAUGAAGAUCCAAUUAAAACUGGGUGGCGGCCACCAAGGUAUAUUAUGAAUAUGCCAGAAGCUAAACAUGACAAAUUACGUAAGAAAUGGCAUAUUUUGGUGGAAGGAGAUAAUAUACCACCUCCUAUCAAAUCAUUUAGAGAGAUGAAAUUCCCAAAACCAGUAUUGGUGGGACUGAAGAAGAAAGGUAUUAGUAGACCUACUCCUAUUCAAGUACAAGGCAUACCAGCUGUUUUAUCUGGUAGAGAUAUGAUUGGUAUAGCUUUUACAGGAUCGGGUAAAACUUUAGUCUUUACCCUACCUAUUAUAAUGUUUGCUCUUGAACAAGAGAAAAAACUACCAUUUAUGAAAGGUGAAGGUCCCUAUGGUUUGAUUAUAUGUCCAUCUAGAGAACUUGCAAAACAAACAUAUGAGAUUAUCAACUAUCAUAUAAAAAAUUUAGAGAAUGAUGGCUACCCUACUUUACGUACAGCUCUCUGUAUUGGCGGUUUAGCUAUUAAAGAACAGUUAGAUGUUAUCAAAAGAGGUGUACAUAUUAUGGUAGCUACACCAGGUAGAUUAAUGGAUAUGUUAGAUAAAAAGAUGAUAAAUCUGGAUGUAUGUAGAUAUCUGAGUAUUGAUGAAGCUGACAGAAUGAUUGAUAUGGGAUUUGAAGAAGAUGUGAGAACUAUCUUUUCCUAUUUUAAGGGUCAGAGACAAACAUUACUAUUUUCCGCCACUAUGCCAAAAAAGAUCCAGAAUUUUGCUCGUAGUGCUCUAGUAAAACCUGUAACAGUAAAUGUAGGUAGGGCGGGAGCAGCUAAUCUAGAUGUAAUACAGGAAGUAGAAAACGUUAAACAAGAAGCUAAAGUUGUUUAUUUAUUAGAAUGUCUACAAAAAACAGCUCCACCUGUAUUGAUAUUUGCUGAGAAGAAACAAGAUGUAGAUGCUAUUCAUGAAUAUUUAUUAUUAAAAGGUGUAGAAGCUGUGGCUAUACAUGGUGGAAAAGAUCAAGAAGAAAGAAGUCGAUCAGUAGAUCAGUUUAGAAAAGGAGAAAAGGAUGUUUUAGUAGCUACUGAUGUAGCAUCUAAAGGUCUUGAUUUUCCUAAUAUACAACAUGUUAUAAACUAUGAUAUGCCAGAAGACAUAGAAAAUUAUGUUCAUCGUAUAGGUCGUACUGGACGAUGUGGUAAAACAGGGUUAGCUACCACUUAUAUCAAUAAAAAUGUUGAUGAGUCUGUCUUAUUAGAUUUGAAACAUCUUUUAAAGGAAGCUAAACAGAAGGUGCCACCAUUUUUGGCAUCAUAUAUAUCAGAAAGUGAAAAAUACCUGGAUUUGGGAGGUGAAGUUGGCUGUUCUUAUUGUGGUGGUUUAGGUCAUCGUAUUGCAGAUUGCCCAAAAUUAGAGGCCAUGCAGAACAAACAAGCCCAAAAUAUUGGCAGAAGAGAUUAUUUGGCCAAUAGUAGUGCAGAUUGGUAGAAUUCACAUGUGAUAAAAAUUAUUGACAUUCAAGUACUUACUUUAAAUGAAAUGAAAUGGGGUUUAACCUCCUACUGUUCUGCUCCUAUACUGGGCGAAUGAAGAUGGGCAUAAGCCAUACAGUGUGCUAUGAGGGAAAUUUUGCCCGGGCAGCGGCACUAACGCCUACUCUUAUAUCGAAUUCCAACUGCCAGAGGAUCUUUUACAUGCAUUCCAAUAUAUACACGGGACCACGGUUUUUCGUAUCAUCCGAAGGACUAGACAGCUGUCCUUGUCAGGCCAUCUGUUCUACACCACUGACAAGGGGAAACCACGUCAGAAAAUCAAGAUGCAAUUCUCGGGCAAUGCUUCAAGUUCGAUCGAACACCCGACCUCCAGGCUAGCGAGCCAGCAUCUUAACCAACAUGUGUUAAUGUCUAAAUAUACAUAAACAGGAGGUCACAGGUUUGAUCUAGAUAUUGGUAGGGUGCCCUAUGCGGUCAAAAUUUGCUCUAUUAAAAGUUGAAUGUUCACGCUCAAGUGAUUACAGGGUAGACAUGCAGCAGGUGCAUAAUCCAGAGUAUGUACUGUUAGACUAUAAAUAGGCAUCGCAUGUGAAAUUUUCUACACAUCUAUCAACUAUUAAAGCUGUAAAAAUUCUAUUGUUAACGAUUCAGAAAAACAGUAAUAUUUGGAUUUUUGGUUAUUACUGCAGCUUUAGAAAAUUGAGUUCAUUUUGUUAUUAGUUUGCUUUAUUAUUAACUGUAUGUCAGGAGCGGUAUCUUUUGGUUUAGUACAAAUAAUACACAACAAUAGACAACAAGUAGUAAUUUACUUUUAUAAGUUUCUGAAAACAAUUGUUGAGUUGCCUAACUUGCAAGUUACUAAAUUAGAUUUCUUGAUCAAGCUUUCUGUAAUGUUUCAUAGACAUCGUCUGGUAUAUGCAAUGAAUUCUCCUCCGUCUUUGCACUCGUUCCUAGGUGCCGCGUCAGCCAAGUCACAGGACACAAACUGGACUUCUUUUAAUAGAUUUUUAUAGCAGGGGUAUUCCCUCAUGAAUACAAUAGAAGGAGAGAGAGAAAUGGGGUUUAACCUCCACUCGACACAAACUAGGUAAUUUCGGGACCAACAUAUGGUUAAAUUUUAUUUCAAUAAUUUGGUUGCGCGUAGGGGUCUUUAGCAGUGGGAGAAAACCCACGAGGUUGGACAGACGAUCCUACUCCUUGUCACGUACAACCAGGGAAUCAAAACCACGACAGUUGACUCAAUGAAUGAUACAGUGUGUAUGCGCUAACCAUUCGUCUAUCUAAUUCCCCGAAGUUGAAGGAUUUGAAGCAAAAUUUUGAUGGAUUAAUUAGUUUGAAUAUGUUUUUAGUCCAAAUAUAUUAUCAAAUCAUCCAUUUUGUAUGCGGGGAAGGUAUCUUUAAAAUGUAAAGUAAUAUUAUUAACCCUGAAAACAGGUUUUGUAUGUUUGUAUUGUCCUUUUCUCAUUUAAAUGUACCAUUGAAUUGUAUACAGUAGUUUAUUUCAUCAAUGUCUUCUAUGUAUAAAUACAAUAAAAGUGUAAAUGAUUA